AUGUCCAGCGCAGGGUUUGAUCAUCAAAUCUCCUUAUUUCGCUCUCAAAUCAAUGACAGAAGAUUUGAUGGCGGAACCAUUCAAAUUCUCGAAUCGUUGCUCGUCUGUAAGGAUGUUAAAUCAUUAAUUGAAGUGCAAUCGAAUUUGAGAGAGUUUCUAAGAUCCGAAUCGAUGUCCGUUCUUCGUGAAAUUGCGGAGAAAACUCUAGAGCAGAAGCUCUUGAUUCUCGAGUUCUUCGUUCUUGCUUUUGCUGUUAUAGGCGAUACCGAGAGUUGUUUGGCUUUAAGAUAUGAGGCCUUGCUUAUGCGUGAUAUCAAGUCUGCAAGUUGCAAUUGGCUUCAAGUUGCAUACGUCGAAUGGCUGAACUUAGCUGAGCACUCACUAGAGAAUGGUUUUCAUGCUAUAGCUAUAAAGGCUUGUGAAAAUGCACAAUCAUGUCUCCAGAGGAAUGAUAUUGUGGAUCUAAACACUGUUGAAAUCUCUGAAUAUGUGCAAGCUACUGAAAACACGAGGAGACUCAAAGAUUGUGCUGUGACCUCUGUAGCUUCGCUCUCUGUUCAGGCACAGGCAACAGAGUAUUUGAAAAAGAAAAUUAUUGUGAGCCACACAAAGCAUUCUCCAUGUUGUAAAGGAACCAAGCGUGCGGCAAGCACUCUGUUCAGAAAUGGAAUUAAAAGGCGAAAUGUGAACCGGUUGCUUGAACUUCAAGGCUUGCGGUAGAUUACAGGUGGCUUGGACUCCAUUCAACGUUGAGGUGGUUGCCAAGUUUCUUAUGUGCAUUGCAGUUUUAUUGCAUAAGCUAGCUCAUCUGAUUGGAUUUACGCAAAAAACAAAAAAAAAAAAGACCCUUACAUGACCGGGUAAACAUUGCAUGAUGGCCUUUUAAUGCAAGUUUCACGCUUUGUAGGUGGUCCAACUUCAAAAUUAUAAGAGUUUAGUAUUUUGUUAGGCAUGUUACAGCCUAUUGGUAGGGGCACAAGGAUGGUCAUUGGCAUAUCUCUCGGCUUGACUUCUUAGACAUUUUUUAUCAUUUGUCUUAGAUUUCCACAUGCUAAAGGACAAUUACUCGCACUAGCUCUCUCUUGAAUCUGUUUGCAUUGAAAAUUUCA